CGAAAGUAGACUUGUUUAUUUGCAAAACGGCCAAAAAUCCUGUGACUAAACAUCGCGUCAUUCAUUUAUCUGCUUAAAAGGUGCCACUGAUUAACUGCCAAACCAUAAUUGCAUUUACGAGGGAGAAUACUGUUUAAUAUUAACAAGAAUAAAUGUGAGGAACCCACCACACUGGGAACCCUAGAGGCUAGAUGAAAAGGGUUGGCGACGGGAUUCCUCCCAUUACAGGUAGAAAAAGAAUGGCAAUGGAAGAACAAAGCCAUAUAUCAAAUCCAAAUGCCGGGGCUGCAAUCUUCUUUUGCAAUUAUGGCACCGAUGAUAAUACAUGUAGCAAUAACUUUAAGUUCCGGGAAAACUGUGCAAAAGACCUGGAUAAUGUGCAGUCUGUGUUUAUCAAAAGUCUGAGAUUUGAUUGGUUGAACGAAGACAAACUUAACCGUAACUUGUUCAUAAACGAUUGGGAUCAUACAAAGAAUACUGCAAGUGGGAAAAGGGAGAACUGCGGGAAAUGUUUGAAAUGCCUUAUUAUCAAUAAAGACUUUUCAAAUUAUAAGUACUUGGUAUUAGCCAUAAGCUCCCACGGAUUGUCCAGAAAAGGUGAACAGUAUGUGCAUUUUCUUAGCUCAACGGAACCCACGAUGUUGUCGUUGUCCGAGGUUCUAGCAACUCUUAGUGACACACAGUGUCCUACCUUGAAAGGGAAACCACGUAUCGUCAUCGUUCAGGCAUGCAGAACGGACAGCGAAUUCCCGACUUUUGCCGAAGAUCGAGGUGUCGUUUUUUAUACAGAACAACAUAAGGGGGAAAAAUGUGCUAUCGGAGAUGUAUUUCAACGAUUCGAACAUUUAACAAUUCGACCUGUUGAUGAGAGCAAUGCUGGCCUAAUGGAAGACGCUGCAACUCCCACAACACGGCAAGGCAAUGCUGAGCCAAUAACCGUAUUAGUUCCAGCCGACGAAACAGAUGAGACAAAAAUGAAGGUUCCCAAGAACUUUCUCGUUAUCUACCCGACGGCACCUUAUCGCAAUUCCAAAAGAAACGAAAAUGAAGGGUCAUGGUUUGAAUUUCACCUAAAGGAAGUUGUUGAUGAAUAUAAACAUCCCACAGAGCUCGAUUUCUUGCAAAUUCUUACCGAAACCAGUCGAAGAGUAUCGAAGCGUGAAACUGUUGUUUAUAAAAGAAACUCAACGGGGGAUAUCCAAUAUGAAACAGAUACUGGGUGUCCAUUGAGGGAUGAGCACAAAUCCGGAAUGAAAAACGUCGUGUGGGUUGAGCAUAGACUCACUCAGCCUUUGGUCUUUAGAACAGCCAGCGGGAACUAGACUUAUUUGAGAUUCUAGUACUCACUUUAUGGCUAAUUACACUAAAACACGGUUUUGGAACUGGUCGCCUCCCUAUGCCAAUGAUUGCACGUUGGAACAGGAAAUAUUGUGGUUAUUUAGGAGUAGUGAUGCGCAUGAUAUUGUAUGUAUCAUGUACAUGUGCAUUCAACGUCGCAUUUUUCCACUCAAGUUGUCCUCAUUGUUAAUCAAAAGGAUUUUUAGUACGCAAUAUAAGUGCAUUGGUGUUAAAAUGGUGUUUUAUGACGAUUUGAUGCAAUUGUAUUGUGAGCAAUUGGUUAUUUCACACACAAGGAUAUGAAGAAGAUCUCCCUACUCAAUGAUUGGUUUGAAGCAGAUUAGACAUAAGCAUAUCAAUAUGUGUUGAACAUAAGGUGGACAUAAUGUGCGCAUUAUUUAUUUAGGCACAGACUGAUCAUACGAAGUCAUUAUGGUUAUGCAAGUGUUUGGCACGAAAGUAACAUUAUUAGAUCGCACAGACUAGAUAUCAGAAAUAGCAUUGUCUGUCGGUCACAUGUUCGACAUAAGAAAAGCUACAUGGUCCAAAUCUAUCAUAUAUUUAUAUAUACAUAUCGUCGUGACUGAAUAUAGUCUAACCCAGUCUCUGGUAUUUAGGGUGGUUAGUGAAAACUAGAUAGGCAAUGUAAAUACACUGUUUAAAACGCUUAUGAUUAAUAUUUAUUUCAUGCAUACCGGUGAAAGAGUGAAAAAUAUUAGUGAUUGAUAACUUGAUCAUUUCACUCUGGCUCGAGUGAAAUGAUAACCCUUGCUCAUUCCACUCUGUACAGACAACUCGGGACUAUUUUUUCCAUCUUUUAGUAGAAUUGCUUCCCUUGACUUUGAAAAAAUACAUGUAUGUCACAAGUACAUGUUUGUUGUCGUCUGUAGUGCAGUAAUAUAUACACAUUGACAGAAUCGUAUUGAAUUGUCACAAUCAAAUUAUGCAAUAGUUUUAAUAAAACAAACAUUUUUUUGCGAUUGAUUAUAACUAUUAAAAAAGAACAAGCUUACCAAUUUAUGUAUGAACUAUUUCAUGGAAAAUACGGUUACAAUUGGUAGGUAUCGGUUAAAUAUUUACUUGGCCACAUGUGCUAGUAAUAGAGUUGAUAGACCAUUUAUUCCUACAAACUCUAACCGCGUACAUGUAUGCACAAGCAUUUUGAAUUUGACCAAUUUCCAGUUUCCGUUCAUCAGUUCAGCAAUACAUUUUUCUUUUUAAAAUUUUUCAAAGUUUGCGCUGCAUCCCUCUCAAAAGCAUCUUCGGGCACAUCCUCGACAUUUCCUCUGGGGUCUUCAUAAACACACGGGAACGUGACAUUCAACUUUAAUAGAUAUGAAACUAAUUCGCUGUCUCAACAACAAAACAUCCUUCGGCUGCACUGAGCAUGAAUUCACCCCGAAAAAACCCCGUAAGAUCCAGAGUCUGAGAGCGACAGUGACUAGAUAUACACUAAGAAAAACACUAAACACAGACUUCCGUUGCUUUUACGAAUACACACUUGUAUAAGUCCAUCAUUGUUAAUUUAAAUCUGUUGAAAUUGUUUUUGAAUGUACAAAAAUGCCACAUGCUCAAGUUUCAUUGAAUUGUAUUUCUACGCGAUACAUUUUUUUUAUUUACGAAAUGCUUUUGUUUAAAUACUUGUUUUUUGUCUCAUUAAAUGUUAAACAUGAUAGGUUUCGUUGAUGGAACUAGGGUUUAAUCUAAAAAUAAAUUCAAUUCCAACAACCAUUUUCAUAAAGUGUGGAACUUUUUUUUAGUGGAAGGACUGCUUGCGCGAAGAGGAGGUAACUUUGACAUAGCGAUUAUGCCGCAGUUACUUCCCUUCGCAAAGAGGCCACAGAAAUUCACUCUAGCGGGGAAAAACACGAUAUAUGCAUGAAAUAAAUUUUUUUUUGCUGAAUUCAACAAAUAUCCUCUAUAUAUAUUUGAUUUUUAUAUUAUGCAUUAUUUGUCCUUAAGGUGUGGUAUGACUGUUGACCACGAAUAACAUCAUAUUUAGCAUUGGAUAGUCAGCGUCUUAAAUGAGGUUUUAGUUGGUUUCAGAAAGUUCAACUAUGCAGACUUAAGUUUUGGUUUGAUAUGGGGUCUUGUUAAUUUCCUCUUUAUACAAACUACUAGAAUCACUGAAUUUUGUAUUUGUAUUUCAAUCGCUAUUUUGGCGAAGUCAUUUUUAGGACACAUAUUAUUUUUUAUGUCCUAUGUACAUGUGCAUUGCUGGGUCUAUUUAAUAGUCAUUUUGUCGUCCUUGACUAUUGAGCGAAAUGAAAUUAUACCUGUAUAAAUUGGGGAUGAAAUAGACAGUGUGAUGUAGAUUGAACUCAUUCAGGCUUUGCUCUUUAGGACGGCCAGUGGAAAUAAGAUUUCAACACUUUGUUGAACAUGUUUUAAACGGACCACUUACUGUUUUAAUAUACAACAGUUGAAAUACCCCCUUUGUGAUACGCCGUUGCCGUUCUUAUUUAUAGCAAACAUUUAUUAAAUUUUAGAUAUUCAGUCAAUUCAGAUGAAAUUGUAAAUUUUAAUGUCUCUAUUUUUGAAUAUUUAUAGUUUUACUUAUAAAGGCAAGUUUGUUUGAAUGUUAUAUAUGCUUGCUGGACAAAUUGAUGUAUUUUUGAAUAUGUGAAAAAAUAAACGUGUUUGCUAAUAAUUGAUCGUAUAUUAAGUAAUUGUUGUAUACAAAGUUAACGACAUACUGGUCUUUCGCCAUUUUCACAGUACUUUAGCAGCUGUUUCACAAUCAAAUUUAUGUACACGAUUCUAUUUUUGAUAGCCUAGAUUGAUUUUAAUUUGACACGUCAGGUUUAUCAGUUAUGGCAAAAUGACCAACAUUCUGCGUUUAUUGUUUUGUGAAUCAUUUCAUGCAUGUAAUACAUUCACUCUGGAAAAUUAUUAACAAUCAGUGUAUUGCAUUUCUUGAUAUCAUUUUUGUAUGAGAAAACUUAUAUAUUCUGGUAUUGCAAUGUCCAUAAAAAAUAAAUACUAACGAAUAGUA